UAAAUAUAUUUAACAAAAGCCCUGAAAAAGAAGAUAGGCGAUCAACAGAAUUUAUAUUAAUUAAGAUGAAAGUGACGGUGGAGAUACUGAUGGGGCGGGUGUUUGACGUCCAGGUGGAGAAGGACGCCACCGUAGAAGACUUGAAGAGGGAGAUCUGCAUUCAAGAUGAGCGGCUGCGGCCGGAGAAUAGGUUGUUCUUCUUGAUGCAUCUCGACGGCGACGGCGACCACUGCUUGAUGUGCGACGCCGACGGCGACGGCGACGGCGAACGCUGUUUGAUGUGCGACGACGAGGCUCCGCUCGUAGAUUAUGGUGUCCGAGAUGGGUCCCAUGUCUAUCUCUUUUUUACUCUCCCCGGUCCUCCUCCAGAUCAUAUGUAUGAUAAAAUAUGAAUUAAUGGCGGCGGAGACAAGAAACCGCCCGCCGGAAUCAGCUCUUUUCUUCCUUUAAGUCCUCCACCUUAGCUUUUUAUUACUUGGUUAAUUCAUUUUCAGACAAACAUGUACGUAGGGAAAAAUGGAAAAUUAGAGCGAUUUCGAUCAAGUAGU